AUGGACCGCCGGAGGUACGGGGCGGCACUGGCCACAGCUUUCGGGUUCGGACUGCUCGUCGUGCUGGUCCACCCCGAUCGGGUUGCAGCCGACCUGAUGGGCGACAUUCAGCAGGGCCUGCAGACGACGGGCAAGCUGUUCGGUAUCAACACCAUCGCCGAUGUGGCUGACCUCGUGGCCAAGGGAUUCGCGACACGCCGGGGGACGACGUCGGAGGCGCAGGCGGCCCCAGCGCCGACCACCGACGAAGGAGGGACCGGCGGCAUCCUGUCCACCCAGACACCGUCCAUGAUGAUGGUCAUGAUGCGACUGUUCGGGCUGGACGGUGGCCAGUUGGGAGCGAUGCUCGUCAACGGUAUCAUAUUUCUGGCCCAUGUCAUUGGCACCAAUUUGGGCGCGUUCCGAAAACCGACCCCGCUGGACCCGGGAAUGUCCACGUUUCUGCGAGACCCACCGCAUGCGCGUCAUCCACCCGAGGCCAGCCCGGAUGCCGUGCCGGAGUCGAACUCCAGUGGCAACCCUCUCGAGUGGAUGCUGCGCAAUCCGUCCAAGCGGUUCCGGGUGCUGCUGGAUCAAGUCGAAAACAGUGACCUUACCGAGUACCUCGAGCGCGAGCUGGACCACCUGGACCAGUACCCGCCGGAGGACACCGACUGCAUUCGGUUGCUGAUGUGCAAGAUUAAGCCAUUCGUCCGGAAGAUGCAGCACGUCGUGCGGGACCAGAUCACCCAACCGCCGCCAACCGGGGCGGAGGACGGCGACGAAACCGCCAGCGACCCCCAGGCCGACCAACCCCCCGAUGGCCCGGAGAUGCUGAAAGGUAUCUACCGCAACCUGCCCACAUCGGACGAGUUCCGGGCGCAGAGCAAGCUUUGCGAACGCCAAUUCACGCGCUGUUCCCGUGAGUUCGGACCGGGAAGAGCGUCCUUCUAG